AUGCUUCGGAAGAGUGGACGGCGGCUCGCCCUGGAGGGCGAGCGUCAGUUCUUCCACCCCGGCAACUCACCGAUGCAGUCGACCGGCGGGCUACCCUUCUACGGCAACCUGUACGCUGGCCGCGUCGACUCCCAGAACUACGUGCCACCUCGCCAAGGCGGCUCUGGGCUGCUGGAGGUGGACAAGUCCCUCUGGGACAACCCGGCGACGCGGCAGAAGCUGCAGUCCUGCCCCUACUUUGCGCUGAGUGAUCAGGUCAUGUUCCAUAACAUGGACCCCGUCUACCUUGACCCCGGCCUCCUGUCCCCUGAGGAGCACCAGCUGCUGCUGCUCUUUAGUCGAGCCUACUACGAGAAGUGGUCUGUCAUCCAUCGCCGCCCUCCGCACGCACUGCCGAGGCUGCGCAUCACCUACGGCUCGUCGAAGCUGCUGGACGAGAUUCUUUUCUUGCUGGACGUGCAUCCGGAUGUGUGCGAGGUGCUGAAGAAGGAGUACGCCGUCGACGACUCCACGCUCAUUGGCAUGAAUCCAAAUCUGUGGAGCUCCGCGUACCUCGACCCUGCCAACAUGGAUCACCUCUCCGGACGAGUGCUCGAGUUCGCUGGUGUGCCAGAGCCGAAGCGGACAAAGUUCUUUCUCCUGCUGGACCAGAUGCGCCGCAUCAAAGUCCAUCGGCGAGACCUCCCCAACAGUGAGGAGAGGGUCGAUGUGGUGCCUUUUUGUUACGGCGUCACACUCUACGACUUCUGCAAGUUUCUCGGCAUCACGCCCUACUCGGGUCAGCUGAAGGUGUACGACUACGUCGACCUUCAGGGAACUGCGCGCUCCGAGACGCUCAAGGACGAGGACUCCUACUUUGACUACCUUGUUGCCCUGUUCUACCGCGCCGAUGUUCGCUCCGCCACCUUGACGGACCUGGCUGAUGCGAGCGACCACACCUGCCGCUACACCGUCACUGUGGAGCCCUUUACGACGGCCGACCGCAGGGUGGGGCGCUGGUUCUGA